AUGAUUCUCUCACGGCGCGCAGUCCUCUUCCUCGGCGUCAGCUUCUUCUUUAUCCUCUUCAUCACAGCCCGCCGUCUAUCACAACCAUGGAGCAACUAUUCGCAGGCCGUGGGUCUAGGGGAAUAUUACAAUUCCUCCAGCCCCGAGUGGACCGGAGCCUUCAACAUCACAAGCCAUGGCAGUAAAGCCCUGUACGCCCCUCAACCGAAUUACCUCCCCGGCAUUCCGAAACCGCCUGGAUCGACGUAUACGAAGAUGUUGGUAGUGCCGCGGACCAAGACGGAGGAUACAAGCUGGAUUGAGCAGGAGUUGCCGGACUGGAGGAGUGCGAUCUACGUAGCGGAUGACCCGAAAGCGCCCUUGCACCCACCGAAGAACAAGGGUCAUGAGGUGAUGGUGUAUCUGUCCUUCAUUGUCGACUUCUACGAGGAGCUUCCCGACGUUGCGGUGUUUAUGCACUCGCACCAGAACGCCUGGCACAACGAGGAGCUGUUUGGUGGUGAUUCUGCGGAGAUUCUCCGGCGACUGAGCAUGGAGCGGGUCAUUCGAGAAGGAUACAUGAAUACGCGCUGCGCGUUUGGCCCCGGGUGUCCCGCCUGGAUGCACCCCGGUGCUGUCGAAGAGGACGAGACCAAGCAGGAAGAGGUAAUGCUGGCUCGUGCGUGGGGGGAGUUAUUCCCAGACCAGCCCGUCCCGUCGGUGCUAGCCCAGCCAUGCUGCGCCCAAUUUGCUCUGUCCCGGGAUCGUAUACGUUCAAUUCCUCGCGCCCGUUUCAUAUUCUACCGAGACUGGCUGUUGCAGACGGACAUGAGCGAUUAUAUCGCAGGUCGUAUCUGGGAAUAUCUUUGGCAAUACGUGUUCACCGGCAACCCCGUUGUCUGCGUGGAAGAGAGCGUGUGUCUCUGCGAUGGCUACGGGUUCUGUUUCGGUAGCCCGGAAAAAUACCAAGAGUACCGUGCUAUGGACACCGAAAGGAAAGAAAUGCAGCAGCAACUAGACGACUGGGUCUACAUGAGUGAGGAACUCAGGUUGGCCCAAGAAAUGGGAGAACUAGAUGAAACGAUGGACUUGGAAGUCCCACCCCUUGGCCAGAAAUCUGAGAUCGAGGAACAGGUGUUCGAAAAGCACAUGGCAGUCGCCGACGUCCUCGAAGCUGCCAUUGAGCGUGGCAAAAAUCCGAAGUUCCGUGCUCUGGAGGCCGGUCGCCCUUGGAAGGAGGGUGAUGGCUUCUGA